AUGAGUCUGAAUGACCAUCUUUUAGCAGGGCCAAAAGUACAAAGUGAUUCAACUACAGUUCUUCUCAAGUGGCGUAAUUUUAAAUUCGUGUACACAGCCGAUAUAACAAAAAUGUAUCGUCAGAUUUUCAUUGAUUCGCGAGAUCUUGAUUUUCAACGAAUCUUAUGGAAACCGAAUUCAGAAACUGUACCGAUUGACUAUCAGUUGCUGACGGUAACAUACGGAAUGACUUGCGCUCCGUUCUUAGCACUUCGCGUGAUACAGCAGUUAGCGGACGAGGGCAUCCAUUUUCCGCUUGCGAUGUCGAUCCUUCGGGAAAAUAUGUAUGUUGAUGAUGUUCUUUUCGGAAAUGAUGAGAUCUCCCAAUUAGUUCAAACUCAGGAGCAACUCGUUCAGUUAUUGCGACGCGGUGGAUUCGAGUUAUGCAAGUGGGCCGGGAAUUCUCCACGUCUUCUCAAUGAUAUUAAUGCCGAAAAUCACGGACUAGCAUGCCCGAAAUCGUUAUCCUCCAACGAAACUCUAAAGAUUCUCGGUAUUGAAUGGAAUCCCGCGAAUGACAUGUUUCAGAUCUCUGCCGUUCUCGAACAUCCCAUUCCUGAAAGUAAACGUCAAGUUCUAGCUGCGAUCGUUCGAUUGUAUGACUCGCUCGGAUGGGUCACUCCUGUAACGAUCACUGCCAAAAUAUUUAUGCAGAGACUUUGGCGCGAAGGAUUCGACUGGGAUUCAAUUCUUCCUCCUACGCUUCUUAAUCACUGGCGAAACAUUUAUUCCGGGUUAUCCGCUCUCCGUGAAUUGCGUCUCAAUCGAUAG